GAGUCCAGGAACGCGAAACCCCCUCAUUCUUCUGAAUUCUCGGGGAAUCUAAACCCUAAAACUCAAGAGAUGUAUUUCUUCUCAUUCAACACCUUCCCGCUUACUUAACCUUUCCAAAUCUGUAGACCUCGUUGGUCUCCUUGAAGUUGUCAGUCAGGCAAUCUACUGGGCACUCCAACGGCGGGGUCCUCACAGCCUACUCCGCUGCCUCAGUCUCGGUGCGGAGAGGACCCGGCGCCGAAUCACUGACAGGCCCAGGUGUCGGGAAAAUGAUCCACAGUCUAUUUCUCAUAAACUGUUCCGGUGACAUAUUUCUAGAGAAGCACUGGAAGAGUGUUGUGAGCCAGUCUGUCUGUGAUUACUUCUUUGAAGCUCAAGAGAAAGCUGCUGAUGUUGAAAAUGUACCACCUGUCAUUUCAACACCUCACCACUACCUCAUCAGUAUCUAUAGGGAUAAGCUCUUCUUUGUGUCUGUCAUACAGACUGAAGUGCCACCUCUCUUUGUAAUUGAAUUCCUACAUCGAGUUGCUGACACUUUUCAGGACUACUUUGGUGAGUGUUCAGAGGCUGCAAUUAAGGAUAAUGUGGUCAUAGUGUAUGAGCUCUUGGAAGAAAUGUUAGACAAUGGAUUUCCACUGGCUACUGAAUCUAACAUUUUGAAAGAACUGAUUAAACCACCAACAAUUCUCCGUUCUGUCGUCAACUCUAUUACAGGCAGUAGUAAUGUUGGGGACACACUCCCCACUGGGCAGCUGUCCAACAUCCCAUGGCGCCGGGCAGGAGUAAAGUACACAAAUAAUGAAGCCUAUUUUGAUGUCGUUGAAGAAAUAGAUGCAAUUAUAGAUAAAUCAGGAUCUACAGUCUUUGCAGAAAUUCAGGGGGUCAUUGAUGCUUGCAUUAAGUUAUCCGGAAUGCCUGACCUUUCCCUUUCUUUCAUGAACCCCAGGCUGCUAGAUGAUGUCAGCUUCCACCCCUGCAUCCGGUUCAAACGUUGGGAAUCUGAAAGAGUUUUGUCAUUUAUUCCUCCAGAUGGAAAUUUCCGACUCAUAUCAUAUCGGGUCAGCUCACAAAAUCUAGUGGCAAUACCAGUGUAUGUGAAACACAGCAUCAGCUUUAAGGAGAACAGUUCUUGUGGCAGAUUUGAUAUUACAAUUGGACCAAAGCAGAAUAUGGGAAAAACUAUUGAAGGAAUCACAGUGACAGUUCACAUGCCAAAAGUUGUGCUGAAUAUGAACCUGACGCCAACACAAGGCAGCUAUACAUUUGAUCCAGUUACCAAGGUACUAACAUGGGAUGUGGGGAAAAUUACUCCACAAAAGCUCCCAAGUCUUAAAGGACUGGUGAAUUUACAGUCUGGAGCACCCAAGCCAGAAGAAAAUCCAAGCCUCAACAUACAGUUCAAGAUCCAGCAGCUUGCUAUUUCAGGCUUAAAAGUAAACCGCUUGGACAUGUAUGGGGAGAAAUACAAGCCAUUUAAAGGAGUCAAAUACGUCACAAAAGCUGGAAAGUUCCAAGUGAGGACAUGAGAAGAGGCCAAAAUCCUUCAAGAUCUGUUUGUUUUCUCAGUGUCAUUAUAGUUUAUUACUAUGAGGUACCAAGUGGGUGGGAAUACUUAUUCUAGUUAAAGCAUUUGUGUGAGCUACACGCCGCUAACAGAGUUGCUUAGUGCUCCAUGUAGGGUUCUUAAGGAGCUUUAAGCUAAGGUAAUUUUUUAAUAACUUAGCUUGUUUUGUAUCUCUUACUUAGGAAGAUUUUGGGGGUGAUUUUCUCCAUAGGGGGCACCAGCUGGAGGUUGCACAUUGUAACAGUAAAGGCAGAAGGCUACAGUGAUAACCUCUCUCCUAAAACAAGUGAACUGAUCUCAGCCAGCAGCUGUCUUCAUCUGUAAUGUGAUGUGUCAAGUGCAGCCAAAUAUCACACCUGAUCUUAGCCAUCCCAAAUCAGCAUCUGUUCCAAGAGGAAAUUCCCUCCACCCCAAGAAGUUUACAAAAAAAACUGCCUCUUCAAGUGUUUGCCUUAUUCAGCUUUUCACUUGUGCCAUUAAGCAAGCACUGUAGCAGAAGCCACCUCCACAUGCCCUGGCAAGGAGCACUGCUGCUCCACGCUCCAUUCUCACUGUACUUGGUAUUGUAUUUUUUAUAAAUAAGAUUUCUAUGUAAAGCGCAGAUUUUAAUUUACAGAGACCUUGCUGCAGUAAGUACCAUCUCAGUUUUGCACCACUGGUUCAGCUGUUAGCACAGUAAAAAUCAUUUGUAUGAAAGGGGCAAAUGCUUUAUUAAGGUAAUAUAAGGGAACACUACUGCUUUUAGGAAAUUAUUGCAAGCACAAGUGUUUGAGAUUUUAAAUAAAUUAAAGUAGUAAGAUAAGAAUGUAAGUGAACCUUUGCCAUCUUCAUGUUUCAUAAAGCUUAUCCAACACCAAUUAAACCAUAGUUAGCCUAAAGGCCUCAUGCUGUAGAUCAGCAAAAGGAGGAAAAUAUGCCUGCCUCACUAUGGUCUUUCAUCUUUUUAUUUUUACUUUUUUAUUUAUUGAAGUGACAUUGGUUAAUAAAUUUAUAUAGGUUUCAGGUGCACAAUUCUAUAAUUACAUCAUCUGUAUAUUGUAUAUUGUAUUGUGUGUUCAUCACCCCAAGUCACAUCUCCUUCCAUCACCAUUUAUUCCCUCUAAACCUACUUCUUCCUUCCCACACCCCCCUUUCCCUUUGGAAAUAACCAUACUGUUGUCUGUGUCUGUGUUGUUGUUCUUAAAGGGUUGAAUUUGCCUGUGUCCCUUGUCUUCAAGGGGAACUCCCUUUUCAUAUUGUGUGUUUCUCAAAGCUAUAGUCAAUAGCUUCCGUCCUGAAACUAUUGUUGUAAUUGUCACUGGAGUACUUACAUGUCUCUGCUGUACUGACAAAUCAUGUAGAAGAACAUAGUGAGACAGAAAUAAAAUCCUCAGUAACAUUUAAA